AGUUGCAGCCAGUAUUGUCCAAGUCAACAGCGCAGCGAGAGGACCUGCUGUCUGUUGUGAUGUGACAGAGCUGUACACUGAUUAAAACUGUACAGUUAAUAUCAGCUGGUGAACGUACAGCAGCUUAACGGGAACCUAAAUGUAACUGAGGGCGACAGUUGCUCCCAGUGCUAACGUUAGCUGCCCUGUCAGACUUGACGACGAAGGAAACCACGAAGUCUUGUAUGUCACACGGAUGAAAUUAAUGUCCACUGAGGAGACGUCUGUGUUUGUCAAGCGGAAAGAAACGUGUCUUGUCGAAGAGGACAGACAGCAAGGACUAACGCCUCCAGACGAACAGCAGCUCUGUUGACAUUUGUGUUGCAUCCUUUCUAUGCUAACAUUGACUGUGGACUAGCUCGCUGGUGUGUGCUAGCCGUAUAGGCUGCUAGAGCGCGUAUGUUGUAGACAGGAGCGGGUUAAAUUAUUCAGUAUCACCAAACACGGUAACGUUAUUUCCAUUUUCUCGUUAGCAUGUUUGCAGAGAGCCUCUGUGGGCAGCAGCUAUGACGCUAGGUGCAGCCACAGGGUUAUGUCACUGUCGGGCUAACAGAUAGCUCGGUGUCUACAGCUGCUGCCAAUCCUUUGCAUGGUCAUGUCCAGCGGGGUUGGCAUCAUGUAGACUGUCCCACUGAACAGGUUAGGUGACCGGGGACACGCAUUGUGUUUAGUGAGCCUUCCUUGGAGAGUAAUGCAAAGCUGGAUUGCAGCUAUCCAACUGGGUCAAAGACUGACAGCUGGCACUGAUACAGUUUAGCUCAGGAUUGUUGCUAGCCAUGCUCAGAGCCGUCUGUUCUGUGUGAUAUUGCAAACAUCUCAACCUACUUACAGGGCAUGUGAGUGCACCAUGUCCUGACUGCAUCUCUUAUUUAUGCAAGAAGGCACAUCAGAGCAGCCUGUCAUGAAAUAAAUCCGCAGUGGCAAGAAGCAGCAUCAGUAGGACUGAGUGGAUCAUUUGCUCCAGGAGUAUUUUCUGAAUAAGAGAGCAACAUUCAAGGCAUCAGCUGGACCAUCAGCCCAUCGCAAUGGAGGCUGUGGGAGAUUUUGAGUACAGCAGAAAAGACCUGGUUGGACAUGGAGCCUUUGCUGUGGUGUUCAAAGGAAGGCACAGGAAGAAGACCGAUUGGGAGGUGGCCAUCAAGAGCAUUAAUAAGAAGAACCUGUCCAAGUCCCAGAUCCUUCUUGGCAAGGAAAUCAAAAUCCUGAAGGAGCUGCAGCAUGAAAACAUCGUGGCGCUUUACGAUGUACAGGAAACACCCAACUCUGUUUUCCUGGUCAUGGAGUACUGUAACGGAGGUGAUCUUGCCGACUAUCUGCAAGCUAAGGGGACGCUCAGAGAAGACACUCUGAGGGUUUUCCUCCAGCAAAUUGCAGCUGCUAUGCGCAUCCUCAACAGCAAAGGAAUCAUCCACCGUGACCUAAAACCCCAGAACAUCCUGCUGUCCUAUGUGGGCCGCAAGAAGUCCAACAUAAGUGGCAUCCGCAUCAAAAUAGCUGACUUUGGCUUUGCACGGUACCUCCAGAGCAACAUGAUGGCAGCCACACUAUGUGGGUCACCCAUGUACAUGGCCCCAGAGGUCAUCAUGUCCCAGAACUACGAUGCCAAGGCCGACCUGUGGAGCAUAGGGACAGUUAUCUACCAGUGUCUGGUCGGCAAGCCACCGUUCCAGGCCAAUAGUCCCCAAGACCUGAGGAUGUUCUAUGAGAAGAACAAGAAUCUACAACCUAUCAUCCCAAGGGAGACAUCCCCACAACUUAGCGACCUUUUGCUUGGGUUGCUGCAGAGGAAUCAGAAAGACAGGAUGGACUUUGAUGCCUUUUUCAGCCAUCCUUUCCUGGAGCCGUCAUCCUCUAUUAAAAAAUCUUGUCCAGUGCCGGUCCCCAGCACCUCCAAUGCAGUGACGGACAGUUCCUGUGGCAGCUCCCCAUGUAUCCGCUACAACUCCCCUCCUUCUCUCCCGGACAUGCAGACACUAGCAGAGGAUGGUCUGUCAUCCCCUCCACUCGGUCCACCCAACUUCCUGCAGCUGUCCAAAGAGUCUGCGGGAAGCACCAGCAGUAAGAACUCGUCCUGUGACACUGACGACUUUGUCCUGGUGCCUCACAUCUCUACCGACAGCUAUGACCAGCCAAUGGGAGUGGGGCGCCGGCCCUCCAGCGAGUUUCUCAUGUGUGGAGGGCAGCCGCAGCCCACCUCGGGACAGACGCCCAUGGUGUCCCCACGGGCUGAGACCACCCCGAUCCCAGUUCCCACCCAGAUCAGAAACUACCAGCGCAUCAAGCAGAACCUCUCCAGCAGCCCGACCACCACGCUGUACAGCUCCCCCAGGUCUGGCACAGUGAGGCGCUCCAACACUAGUCCUAUGGGGUUUCCCAAGGUGGGCUCAGGGUCCCCCAGCUCUGCAGACGUCCCUCAGACAGUAGGCAGGCGUCUCUCCACUGGCAGCUCCCGGCCCUACUCCCCCUCACCUCUUGUGGGAACCAUCCCUGAGCAGCUGGGUCACUGCUGCUGCCACCUGCAGAACCAUGAGCCUCGCAGCCGCAGCUCCUCAGGAGGUUCUCCCGUCCCAUCCUCUCAGCUCCUGGGGGCUCGGCUCCAAAGCUCCCCAACCCUCACCGAGGUCUACCAGACCAGGCAGAAACUUCACAAGCAGUUAUCGGACCCUGUUCAGCCCUCCUCCUCCUCCUGCAGCCACUCCCCUCAGCUUGGCCGACCGGCCAACCUCGGCUCCUCCCCCACCAAGCUCCUGGGCUCCUCCCCCCGCACGUCUGACUGGCUGCAGAAGUCUCCACUGCCCACCAUCAUCGGCUCCCCAACUAAGACCAUUUCGACACCGUUCAAAAUCCCCAAAACGCAGGCGUCCUGUAACUUGAUGGCGCUGGCAGACAGUCCCGUCCCCACCAAGACAUUGGCAGAUGCUCGGGAUAUCUGUGCCCACCACUGCAGUCCGUACCUGACCGGGCGCCCAGCUGCCCCCGAGGCCAGCAGGACGUUUGGCAGGUCUGUUAGUACGGGUCGUCUGUCUGAGCAGCCAAUCAGAAUCACUCUGGGUGGACAGGCCUAUCAGGGCAGCACUGACAGCUUGAACACAGAGCGACCCAUGGACACAGCCCCUGCAGGUCCAUGUGGGCUGGCUCAGGGCGGGUCAGCGAGUCCCCGUACUGUCCUUUUCACCGUGGGCUCACCUCCUAACAGCAGCACUCCUCCUACCUGCAGCCAUUUGGGCACACGACCACGCACCACCUCAGUGGGCUCCAACAGCUCAGCCGGCUCCCUGUGCUCCACCAGUGGUCGCGUGUAUGUCGGAUCUCCACCAGGCAUGGCCAUGGGCUGCUCUCCUCCAGGAGGUUUUGCUGGCGGGCAGAUUGUCCCCGGGUCGGACGGGGCACCCAGCAGUCUGCGCUAUGUCCCCUAUGGGACCUCACCUCCCAGCUUGGAGGGAUUCAUCACAUUCGAAGCCCCUGAGCUGCCUGAGGAGACCCUCAUGGAGCGUGAGCACACAGACACCCUGAUGCACCUACGGAUGAUGCUUUCAUUUACCGACUGCGUCCUGGAGAUGGCGGCGGUUCGAGCCGGAGGGACGGAGCUUGGCGUGUCGGCCGCCUCCCUCUACCCUCCCCAGGACAGCGUGGUUGUGGACCAGAUCAGCCAACUCAGCAAAGAGUGGGGGCAGGUGGAGCAGUUGGUGCUCUACAUGAAGGCAGCACAGCUCCUGGCUUCCUCCCUCCAUCUGGCCAAGGCUCAGAUUAAAUCAGCCAAGCUCAAUCCAUCCACUGCCGUCAAACAGGUGGUCAAGAAUUUGAAUGAGCGUUACAAAAGCUGCAUCUCCCUCUGCCGGCGGCUGACUGACAAACUCAACCACUUCUUCUCUGACAAGCAGCGCUUUGUGGACGAGAUCAACAGCGUCACCGCAGAGAAGCUCAUCUACAAUCACGCUGUGGAGAUGGUUCAGUCAGCAGCUCUGGAUGAGAUGUUCAAGCAGACAGAGGACAUAGCCUAUCGCUACAGCAAGGCCGCCAUGCUGCUGGAUGGCCUGUCCAAGAUCCUGCAGGACCCCACUGACAUUGAGAAUGUGGUUAAGUACAAGGCCAGCGUGGACCGCAGGAUCUCAGCCCUCUGCUACUGCACUGUCACACUGUACGAGUAGCAGCCCUUACACACACGCACACACACAGAGGGACCACGUCCUCAGACUGUUGACUACCAUCCUCACAAAGCCGCUGUUCCCUCCUGUAGCAGUUCAAGCACUUUUCAUUUGAUAGGUUUCAUCUGUAUUUAUCGUCGGUUAGUUUUACUGGCUGCAUCACGGACUGAACUGUGACAAGCAACUGAUGCACGAAUUUACAACCAAAGAUGACAACGGAUCCAGAAACAAAAGGCUGAAACCGGAUGUGGACAUAAUGCAUGCACUUCAAGUGCAUCCUUUUUUUUCUUACGCUAUAAUGGUGGAAACCCACCUGAUCAACAUAUAAAUAAA